AUGGCUCCAAGGCUUCUUUGGAUCGGCCUCGGUAACAUUGGAAGGGGUAUGUGUAAGAACCUGGUAGAGAAGUCUGACUUGGACCAACCGCUCCUCAUCUAUAACCGCACCGCUAAACGAGCGACGGAACUGAGUCAAAGCUUGCCCGCGGGCAAGACAGAGGUCGCUCAGUUGCUUGGAGACGCCAUCACCAAAGCUGACAUCAUCUUCACGUGCGUCGCCAACGACCAGGCAGUAAAGGAGGUCUUCGCAACGGCAGUAGAGCACGACCUGAAGGGCAAAGUCUUUGUAGAGUGCUCGACCAUUGCCCCGGGUGCUACUGAGGCCGCCGCGAAGUCGGUUCUGGACAAGGGCGCUGAAUUCAUUUGUGCCCCUGUCUUUGGUGCGCCUGCCAUGGUGGCUGCUGGUAACGCGACCUUGGUGCUGGCAGGCCCUAAGGCUUCAAUUGAGAAGAUCCGGCCAUAUGUCGACGCCAUGGCAGCUCGCGAGAUCAACAUGGCCGAUGAGCCGUACCACAAGGCCUCGACGUUGAAGGUGCUGGGAAACACUGUCAUACUGGGCAUGGUCGAGCAAUUGGCAGAAACAUAUGUGGCUGCCGAGAAGAGCGGGCUUGGAACUGGCUACGUCAAGCAGUUUGUUGAUGCUCUCUUCGGUGGGAGUCCGUACCCUGCGUAUUCGGUACGCAUGUUGGAGGGUGACUACUAUAAGAGAAAAGAGCCGCUAUUCGCGGUUGAUCUGGCGCGGAAGGAUGCAGGUCAUGCCAUUGCCAUCGCCAAAGCUGCUGGCACGCGCCUGCCUAACAUUGAAACCGCCGACAAACACCUCCAGAUUGUAAAGGAGCACGCAGGACCGUCUGGUGACAUGGCUGGCAUUUAUGGCGCCGUGAGAAAGGAAGCUGGUCUCAAAUUUGAAAAUGACUCUUGA